GGGAUGGAGCUCUGCGAACCGAGGACAUGGGCCCGAUCUGUUGGCAGUGGUCGUUGGUCCUUCAGCCAUCUGUCGUUGAUGUAAUGGCCCAUCUGACAACCAAAAUGCUCACCAGGAUUGGAUGCUUAACGCUUGCUCUAUUACGAACAACUCGGAGCAAAGACCGUUGAUUCUGCUCUCCCAAAGCUCAAAGACUCCCUUGUCGAGCCUACCUCACCAAGCUCACCUGAGCAAGCAGACGCCGAAGACUCCAAAGAGACACCAGACCCUAAACUUUGCGGGAGGGGAGGCCGUUCCAGGUCUAAACCCACACCCUCCCCACACUACUGCUCCCGAUCACCGUGUUCCACGCAUCGACUCGCGAUCAGUACUGCAACAUCAACGAUCGCUCCGCUUGCUGAUGGACAACGGUAUCUCCAACCCGCCCCUACCUUUCUGCCACCAAAUUUACCCAAAGUGUACUCUGUACGUUUGCCUAAUAACGUCGGUUGCACCGCCCGACGCACCUUUCAGCGAACAACGUGCCGUUUCUUCGAUAUCUUGGCUUGAUGACCUUACAUCCUUCCAUAACGACCUGUCACGUUUCCCUGACUCUGCCAUCCAACGAUUUACCGAUCUACACUUGAUAUAGCAUCUAUCAAGCAGCAACCCUCAUAGUCCGCGAUCGACUUUUCUUGCCAGCACAUCCAGACAUACGCAUAAUGCAAAGCGCCUAACCGCCUUACUCUGCACCAUAUCACCGACCACCAACCCUGCCCUCUCGCUGCUCGAACCGGCCAAACCCCCCCGGUCACACAUCCCGUUCCCUCCCAGUCACCCGUCACAUCGUCGCUUUAUAAUCACAUUCAGGCUCUGCCAACCUUCACAAUGUCGAUGCAGGAGUUCCAGUACCCGGCCUCAUAUCUUCAACCGCAAAAGUCGGAACGCAUUCUAUCAUUUCGGUCACAAAACCAAAUGUCGCCAACUAUGAAUCCGUGGGAGUCCUGCGCGUUGCAGGUACGUUGUUGACUCUAGACCCAGUCUUGAUUGUUCUGGUACUGACAUCCCUCCUAGUAUCAAUUCUCCGAGGGGACU